CCGUGGCCUUCCUGCUGCUCUUUCGGAGACAUCCAGGCUGCAGAAGAUGGGGUCUCACCGUCUGACGUCCUGUCCCCAGGGCUUGGUGACCUUCCCUGAUGUGGCCGUGAGCUUCUCCCCAGAGGAGUGGAGGUGCCUGGACGUCUCUCAAAGGAAGCUCUACAGAGAUGUGAUGCUGGAUACCUAUGAGCACCUUCAGACAAUAGCAGGGUAUUUUGGGGUAAAGCCUGCGCUAAUCUCCUGGUUAGAAGGAGGAAUCCUGGGGAGGCCGCCACGAAGCCUGUUUGCCGAACUCAAGCCAGAAAUCCAUCCUUGUCCCUUCUGCUCUCUCAUCUUCUCCAGUCAGAACUUGCUCAAUCGUCACAUGAAACGAAGUCAUCCCUCUUGGAUCCUCCUGGAAACAUCUGAAAGAAAGCAACCUCAGUCAGAGAAUUUCUCUCCAUGUGAUCAGAACCAAUGGUGGCAACAUUCUGAUCUAUAUAAUGACAAACCAAAGAAUGACAUACUUGAAAGUCCAAAGCACCGAGAAAGUUCCAUACAUCCAGCAAAUAGGAGGCUUGAAAGAAUUUCAGCAGACUUUUCUAAACUAUUUAGUGGUCAAAUUGAUAGCUCUAGUAUACAGAUGGCAAUAGACAAAGACAUUAACAUAGACCUGAAAGAAAAUCCAAAGGACACAGGUGGAGUAGUUCCUGAGAUAGUCUUGCCAAUAAUUUUAAGUGACCAGUAUGUAAGGCCUGGGCAAGGCUUCAAUGAUGGGUUGAAUCUCAUCACACAUCAAAUGACUCAAACAAGGGAGAAACCCCAUGUUUGCAGGGAAUGUGGGCAAGGCUUCAGUGUGAGGUCGAAUCUCAUCAGACACCAGAGGAUACACACAGGGGAGAAGCCCCAUGUUUGCAGAGAGUGUGGGCGUGGCUUCAGUGAGAGGUCAGUUCUUAUCAGACACCAGAGGAUGCACACAGGGGAAAAGCCCCAUAUUUGCAGGGAGUGUGGGCAUAGCUUCAGU